AUGAAUUAUUCAUUAAACACAAAAAAUAUGAUCGAAUUAGUUGAUUUACCUGAUGAGAUGGUCUUAACUAUUAUGAAUAAAAUACAAUAUCGAGCCGAACUACUUUGUUCUAUAAUUGGUAUUGGAAAUAAUCAUUUGGAACAACUUGCACUUGAUAAAUGUAAUUCAAUCGAUUUAACCUUCGACUUUCCUGAUUCACCAUAUGAACUACUUAUUCAAAGAUUUUGUUCACAUGUCAUGCCUCGUAUUUACAAUAAUAUUCAAUCACUGACACUUAGCCUUCAACAUAUAUUACGUAUUAUCACUUUUGCUAACGAAAACUGUGAUGGAACUCUUCCGAAUUUGACACAUUUGAAAAUAAUACUCGGUAAAAGAUGCUUUGAAACAGGCACUCCUUAUACAUUAGGUAAUGACAUCAACAAUCCGAUACGCUGUGUACCGCUGUUUUCAAUUGUUCCUCAAUUAGUUUAUUUUGAUAAAACUGAAGGUAGUCGCAUCUUAUCUGUUUUGCGUUGUUCACCACUGAUGCGUUCUAUUACCUCAUUCGAACUUGAUGAUGACUGUAUGUUACCAGAUGCACUCAAAGAUGAUGGAUUGCUCUUUGCUCAUUCAUCUCAAUUGACUCAUAUCCGCAUAACAUUAUGUCGAUUCGAUCAUUGUAUUCGUUUAUUGAGUCAAUUAGGAGUACAACUUUAUUCAUUCUCUGUAAGCAUUGUACAAAUUGUUAUAGGUGAUGUUGAUAUUAUGUCUAGAAUGGUAUUGAUAUCCUGCCCUAACUUAAAAAUAUUGACUAUGGCAAUCUAUCGCAAUAUUCAUUCCUAUGAAGAAUGUAUUCCUCCACUUUUACAACGUUUGUCAAAUGUUGAAGAUUUAACAUUAUUACUAGCUGUUGGUGCAAAUGGAAAUAGACCGAAUCAUUUUAUUGAUGGAUUUGAUAUAGACAAAGAUAUUGUUUCAUAUAUGCCUUAUUUACGUCAAUUUAACUUUCACAUUCGUUCAAUAUUAAAAGAUGCUCCUCCUAUAGAAAUUGAAACUAUUCGUCAAAGUUUUGUCAAACAACAACAACAAGCUGUGGAUUGUGUACUCGACCAUUUCAAUAAUCAUUAUGGUCAAUGUCAAAUCUAUUCACUUCCAUUUAUCGGUACUCGUCUUGACUUUAUUUCAAAUCGAUUUUCACUCUUCAAUACCAAAAACACGUUCUCAAUGGUUACCGUGUUAUUACUAUUCGAUGAUGUUAAACCGUUCGAAAGUAUUUUCUUUGAACAUGUUACUAAAGCUCUACCUCAUCUUAGAACACUUGAAGUAUCUAAUCAACUUGAACAACAAGAAAAAACAACAAAUAAACUUGGGUUUGCUCAUUUAAUUACACUUAUUUUAUAUGACGUUCACAUGGAUUAUGUUGAACAACUUCUUUUUCGUGCUCGUCUUCCAUGUCUAGUCGAACUCGCUAUUCGUCAUGAUCUAUUAUUGGCAGUAAUUGCUGAAGAUAAUCAACAAGCAAAAGAUAAUUGUUCAAAAAUUGAAACAUUAAGAACGACCGAGUCACCUCAUGAUUCAAUAGAUAUUAUUCAAAACUUUUUCCCAUUAGAUUCAUAUGUAAAAUAUUUAAAGAAUAAAUCGAAAUACGAAGAAUGA